UUUUUUUUUUUAAUUUGGUUUUUGUAAGGUCUGUUGAUAAAGGAAAAGCGCAUCAUUUGUAAUUAUCUCUCUCCUCCUCACACGGUCACUGACCUCAUUGCUGCUUCCCUCUCUGCUUAGCAUCUCCUUCUCUCUCCCUACCACGCAUCUUCUCCUCCCUUCGAGCUCCAAUGGUGAUUGUUCUUGUUGCGACGGCGGAGCGGGUAGUGAAGGUGGUGCUUGUGGCACAAAAUCUUGCUUAGGGUUUCGAAUUUGGGAAUUUUCUUGGUCGCAUCUAACAAUGGGAUCACUUCUGAUUCCACCUCAUCUAAUCAGGGUGUCCCCAACGUCAAAGGUGAGACUGGUCAAGAGUCAGGUGCUGGACAAGAUGUGUAUAAUCCACCUGCUAGCUAUUACAAUUAUUAUUAUCCAGUGAUUUUUGUAGAAAGAGAAAGUGAAUUCUUUGUCAAAGAUCUUCUUGUGUUUGCAUUGGGUGUUCUUGGAUUUUUCGUUCAGUGUUCUUGAAGCUUGGACGAUUUUGCUUAAAUCAUUUCAUCAGUUUGAUCACUCUUUGGACGACAUGGCUCGUAUUAGGCAGACAGCCAACGUGGGUGCAUGGGCAGCGCCGCGAGAGAGGGACAACAGGGUUCCUUUUUCAAGCCCGUCCCAAGGAAAUAGGGGUGGAGUUAUCUCCUCCCAUCAUUCAGGAGACGGGGCUUUAAGGGCGGCACGUUCUUCAAGAAGAAGAAAGAGUGUGGCUCGCCGUCCUCGUGUCCCGCGUGAGGAUUUUGAGGAUGAUUCCUCCAGUUCUUCUGACGAGGAGUUUGCAAAAAAUCUUUCUCCUAUGGUUCGUGGGAAAGAGGAUGUGGAUUUUCUCCCUUCUGACAUCCUCCCCAGCAUGAAAUGGUUGAGGUAUCUGAGGGAGCAGGGACGUGACUUUGGACGCUUCUUACUUUUUCCCCGGGGUUUUAGCUUUAGGUGUCCUCGUCCCCAUAGUACUGUAGACCGACUCUCUCUGGGCGAGGUUGCUGUCUAUACGGCCGCUUUUAGGUUGGGUCUUAGGUUUCCUCUGCACCCUUUUGUAAUGGACGUCUUGGAAGGUUAUGACAUUGGCUUAGCCCAACUUACCCCUAACUCUUGGGCGAACGUCUUUGGGUAUAUUGCUAAGUGCGUACUGAGUGACGUCACUCCUUCUUUUCCUGCUUUUAUUAGGCUUGUAGAUAUUGCCCCUUCCUCUCGUUCUCCCCAGGGAUGGUUAACUCUAUAUAGCCGACGGGGAUAUACGACGGUAGUGGGUAAGACCUCUAGCUGGGUGUAGUGGAGGAAAAAGUGGUCUGUUAUCCGAAUGGAGGACCUCCCACUUUCAGAGCGUCUUUCACGGUGGAAUUACCGGCCCCGUUAUUUUUCUAGGGAUGACGCCUACCCUCGUCUUUUGUCAAGGGAUUGGAGGCUCAUAAAGCCUUUAUUUCAGGCCGAAAUGUAUCGGUUGUCUUCGAAGAGUCAUGCGUGGGUGCCCAAUAAUUGGCUGCCCCAUGUGGGUCAGUUUACCAACAUGGUCUUUCUCGCGGCCGUUGGUCUUUGUCCCUAUUUGGAUAGAGGUUCUUCCAUGAAUCGCCUGUCCCCUGAAGACAAGGGUUUAGUGGACGUGCCUACCUGGUUGUCCUAGGUGUAUACGGAUGACAUCCUCAAGGCCAUGGAGGCUAAGAAGAAGGACUUUUCAAAGAAGUCCGACGAGGGUGCCUCUGUUGAUGCUGCCAAGGAGCCUACUUCGACGGCUACGAAGAAACGUCCUGCGUCUUCGGCGGUGGCUCCUAAACCCAAGCGUCCCUUUUUCAAGAAGCUGGGCACUGCUGAUGCUGCAGCGAAACCGUCACUGGUGAGGCCGUCCGCCCCUCUUGCCGGGGAAGAAGGAGUCCCUCCUCCUCAGGCGUCCACCCUUCCACGUGAGCAUAAAGAAGCAUCUCCGAAGGUGACCACCGAAGGAGAUGCUGCGGCCAAAGCGGCCGUUGACAAGAUGGUUGCUGACCAGGUUGACGCCCCAGGUGCUGCUGCGAAUGUUGGAGGAGCUACUACUUCCUCGUCAAGAGAGGGGAAGGGCAAGGAAUCCGAAGGUCCUUCUGCUGGGGACGCCCCCAUGCCUCCACCAGCUCCAUCGACUGUUGACAUGUUCAAACGGAUGCGGCGUGCUGAAGUGGCGAACAUUCCCCCAUCAGGCGGGUUUAGUUCAGAAGAAAAGGAUAAGAUCCUUUCGGACGUCUAUGAUGCAAUUCCCGAGGAAUAUGUGAGCUCGCUUCCUGGAAUUGAUCUGGGGUAUUUUAGGGCCAUGCAGUCCCUCGUACUUGAUCUCUUCAUCCGUUGUGCCAAGGGUAGGCACUACUGCUUUGACAUGCAUAAAGAGAUGCUAAAGCAUAAAGACCAGAUUGAGAAUCAUGAGAAGUAUGCUGAGAAGAAAGCCAGGUUGAUCAAUGCGGAUGCAGACAAGAAGAUUAAGUCCGAGGCAAACGCUCUGAAGAAGGCUGAGGAAGACGCCCAGGACUAUGAGAAGAAGUUGUUGGAGCAUGAGGAGAGGUUGACCGUGCUGAGAAAGGAGUAUUCCUCGGUCUUAGAGCGAGUGACCAAUUUCUCUUCCAAAGUGGACGCCUUGGAGAAGAAGCUCAAGGCUACCCAGGAUGAGAUUGAAGCCGUGCCGGGGGAAGCUUCUAGCUCUUUCAAGCCUGGGGAAGAGUCCAUUUUGGAGAAUGCUCGGCGGGCAUGGGAUCAGUCAAUGGAUGGGAAAGACUUCUCCUGUUUUAAACGUCGUAUCUCAUACCAGAUGGCCGUCUCGACAGCUAGACGCCUUGGCCUGGAUCCUCCUGAGUUUUUUAGCGAGGGGGGGGAUGAGGACGUGGAGGAAGAGGAAGUGAAUUCCCCUAAAGGCCAGGAUGUUCAAGACGGGAGCUCCACAACCCCUCAUUGAUAGAUGGUCUUUGUUAGUUGGUUUAGAUGGCGCCGCGGGCGCUUGUAAUAACAUUGAUGCCUUUUGGCAUUAUUUAUUUGGGUUUGUUUCGCCUUGUGGCGUGUAUGAAUAUUUUGUGCCUCCUGUGCACUUGUUUUUUUUUAUUCCAUUUCAGUUUAUUACUGAUUUCUUAGGAA